GUAAACUAGUAAGAUUGAAUAACUAAGUGAAACACAAUGAUUAUGGAUGAAAUUGCUUACAAAAUUAUGAAAACCAAAUAUUAUGGAAAAAUGGUUAUUUGGUUACCCAAAAUAUUGCUUGGACUUGUUGUCAUGUGGCCGAAAGCAAAAGUUUCUCUCAUGCGUAGAUUUAUAGUCACUUCGGGGUCCAUUUUCAUAAUAUCGUUUACGGCAAUAGGACUUUUAAAUACCUUAAAUUUUACCUUUGAGUCUAUUAACCAUAAUUUAAUCGGUAGCCUCCUUAUUAUGAGUUGUUUUCAAGGUGUUAGUAAAAUAAUAUUAAUGUCAAUCAAAUUCAAGGAUAUAGCUGAUAUAAUUGAUAAUAUAUCUCUGAAAUUUUGGCCUGAUGAUUUAACUGGUUAUGUAGAAGUAGAUGAAGAAAUUAAGAAAUUUUACAUCUUCACUAUGAGUACUUGUCUUGUAUUCCUCGGAACAGUUGCUGUGUUUUUUUCUAUAUUCUUUAUUACGCCGUUAUUGAUAGAAGAGAGAAUACUACCAUUUAAUGUAGAGUAUUCUUUUGAUUGGAAAGUUUCGCCAAAUUACGAGUUGAUAUAUCUAUCUCAAGUGUUUUAUGUUCAUAUACUUGCCUUAUACGUCAUUGGAACAGAUUUCUUUUAUUUGUGUACCGUAGUUAGCGUAAUCAUCCAAUUUAAAAUUCUGCAACAAUGCCUGUCGCUACUAAAUUCAAACGAAAUGGUUGAAAUAAUGAACAAAUUGGACAUAAAUAAUAUCAUUAAAUCGGAUAAAAUGGACGACUUGUGCAAAGAGUAUUUAAAAAAAUGCGUUAAACAUCACCUUCUUCUUCUCAGAUUUAUCAAAAAGUUAAAUGCCGUUUUCAAUUUAAUCAUAUUAACAGAAUGGUCGACUGUCAUGUUGUCAAUGUGCCUUCUUAUUUAUAUGCUAGUACAGAAUUAUGCAGUUAAUACGUUUUUCGAAACAGCACUUGCAUUAUCAAUGGUAAUUGCUUACUUACAACAAUUGGCUUUUUAUUGUAUUGUCGGCAGCAUCUUCAAUUAUCAGAUCAAUCUCCUUCCCGAACAUUUAUUCGGGUCUAAAUGGAUAGUGAUUAAUAAUGAAAUAAAGAAGGAUUUGACUUUCGUAUUACAACAUAGCCAGCAAAAUUUAACAUUGAAUGUUUAUAAUAUCUAUGAGUUGAAUAUGGUGUCUUAUUUACAAGUCCUCAAAUUAGCUUUCUCUGUGUAUACUUUAUUCUCAAAUGUCUCCAAUUAAAUUACUGGAGGUACUUAUUUAAAUAUAAGCAAAAUAUAUAGCACCCAUGUUACAAUCGAAGAAAAUGUGAUUAAUCAAUUUACUAUAGUGAAUACUUAUUACAGUGUAGGAAUGCA